AUGGGCAGUAGUGCCUACAGUCCCGUAGGCAUUGGAAUAUGUUAUGCCGGAGCCGGGGGCUUUAGCAGUAGCAGCGUCGGCUCUGGUGGACCAAGACUCGACCGCAGCCUCCCUGCAAGCAGGCCUCACAGUGGUGUGGUCAGUGGUGCACAUAGCUGCUAUGGCGCUGACUAUAGCUACAGGAAAGCUGGAGCUGCUGUUCCGGGUACGAAGUGCAUCGCACCCGUGACUUGCAACGAGUCGCUGCUGCAGCCUCUCGAUUUGAAGAUUGACACCACGGCCUUUGCGGUGAAGUGCCAGGCGAAGAAUGAGCUCCAGGGCCUCAAUAGCAAACUGGCCACUUUCAUCCACAAGGUCCGGCUACUGGAGCAACAAAAUGUGAUGCUGAAGACCAAAUGGGACUUCAUACAAGAAAAGAAACAUUGCAAGAGUAAGAUGGAGCCCCUCUUCAAUGAACAUGUCAGCAUGCUGAAGAAGGAGAUGGAAUGUGUGGAAUCAGAAAAAGCCAAGCUGAAGGCCGAACGUGACUCUUUAGAACAAGCCAUGGAAGGCCACAAAAGAAGGUAUGAGGAGGAAUGUAAUAAGCGGGCAUCGACUGAAAAUGAGUUUGUAUUACUUAAAAAGGAUUUGGAUUGUGUUUUUACUCACAAAGCAGAGCUGGAAGCCAAGGUGGAAAGUCACAUCAAGCAAAUCAGCUUCUUGAAAUGUAUAUAUGAACAGGAAAUUUGUGAGCUCCAGGAUUCUAUUUCCAGCACGUGCGUUAUGGUGCAAAUGGACAACAGCCGAGGCUUGGAUAUGGGCCACACCAUCGAGCAGUUCCGGCAUCAGUACGGAGGUGUUGCAUCCCGAAGCCGAGCUGAGGCUGAGGCAUGGUUCCAGUGCCAGUUUCAAGAGCUGAAGACAGUGGCAGCCAGACACUGUGACAACCUGCGUAAUGUCAAAGAAGAGCUCCAGGCUCUGACUCGUGUUGCUCACACGCUGGAGUCGGAAAUUGCAAGUAUCAAAACUCAGCGUUGCAAACUGGAAGAAGAGGUUGUUGAAGCCGAGGAGCGUGGGGAGAUCACUGUGAAAGAUGCCAAACGUAAGCUGGCUAGUCUGGAGGAUGCCCUGCACAAGGCCAAGCAGGACAUGGCCUGCCAACUCCGGGAGUACCAGGAGCUGAUGAGCAUCAAACUGGCCCUGGAUAUUGAGAUCGCCACCUACCGGAAGUUGCUGGAAGGAGAGGAAUGCAGGUUGAGCGAAGGAGAGUGUGCAGUGAACCUCCGUGUCCAGAGAAGUGAAGGGGCUAUAGUGUGUGAUGGCACCUCCCGCCAUGGAUCAGCACGUCCUUUUUCAUGUGGAAACAGCCACAGAGGUGUAGGGGCUGGGGGCAGUUCUAGCGCCACUUGUGCUGGUAGCCCUACCUCAAAGAGUGUCCAUACAAGCUGCAGAGAUGACAGCAGCUCCUCUCACCUAGACGACCAUGGCACUCAACCUGAUUUGACUAGGGGAAGUACGCGUACCACCACCCUGCGCUUUGUGUCCUCUGUAUACUCAGGCGGGCCUCCAUGA